UGUUUUCAGCCUUCUACAUCAUGUACCUGUUUCUCCCUCUGCAAUGGAUUGGCAUGAAUGCUAUGCUUGUCUACGUUAUGGCAGCUGAAGGCAUCUUUGCAAGGUUCAUCAACGGGUGGUAUUACAAGGACCCCCAUAAUACGCUAAUAUAUUGGAUCCAGAAGCACAUUUUUGUUGGGAUUUGGCAUUCAAGGAGAGUAGGCAUUCUACUCUAUGUAAUCUUCGCAGAGAUCUUGUUUUGGGGCAUUGUCGCUGACAUUUUGCAUUGGGGUCUUUACCGAGCUUAUUCAGCAGAUGCAAGUAAAAGGUGCGCAGAUAAGAACGACAAGGAUUUGGAUCGGGCGAGUGAGAGACAGGAUCUUGAAGGAAAAGAGCUAAAGCAAGAAACUACUUUGCAUGAACUGGAGCUGGUUGCCGUCCAUGCUCUUCAUGAACUUGUUUCUUUAGUUCACAGUCAUGUCAAUGCUGCAGGGCAAUAUGAUUUUGAGUAAGGCUAGAUUUUGCUGACUAUUUUGUAGUAGAUGUAGUGAUAUCAGGAUGAAUUGUGAACAAAUUAUACGGCAUGUAGUUAUUGCAGUAGCGGUAUCUUCUAGACUAGCCUUAAAGUAGGUUAGGGUUUAAUUUUUGAAGCUACC